GCCGCGGCCACCGAGGCAAGGCUUCCUAGAGCGGACCGGAAGUGCCCUGCCGACAGCGGCCAGGCGCCGAUUGGUCGGUUUGAGUCUAGCCUUUGUUCGGCGGUCCAAAGGACGCCAGUUGUCGCACCUGUUCCUCUCCGUGCCAGACCUGCGAGAGAGGACUUGGGCCGACCUUUUGGAAGAACGGAAAGGGGAACACUGGUUGCGAGUGGUUCUGUGAGGGCAUCCACCUAACCCUCUUCCUGAGUUGGAGCAUAUACCUCACAACUGCAGAAUCCUAGGGACCCGUACAUCUCAGAGUUUUCUCUGAGACAAGAUUCUAAAACAUCUGAAUCAGUCCCAGAUACAGGAUUCAUCACCUGAAAAACAGCCCAGAAUGGCCACCUCCCCGGAACCUGAGGAACAAGAAGGACUCCUACUAUUUAAGGCAGAAGACCAUCACUGGGGACAGGACUCCACCUCACAAAAGUAUAGUCCUCACAGAAGGGAACUCUUCAGGCAGCACUUUAGGAAGCUCUGCUAUCAGGAUGCACCUGGGCCCCGUGAAGCUCUCACCCAGCUCUGGGAACUUUGCCGCAAGUGGCUGAGGCCAGAAUGCCACACAAAGGAGCAGAUUUUAGACUUGCUGGUGCUUGAACAGUUCCUGAGCAUUCUUCCUAGAGACCUGCAAGCAUGGGUGCAGGCGCACCAUCCAGAGACUGGAGAGGAGGCAGUGACUGUGCUGGAGGAUCUGGAGAGAGAGCUGGAUGAACCUCGAAAGCAGGUCCCAGCCAAUUCAGAAAAACAGGACACACUUUUGGACAAGUUGGCCCCCUUGAGAAGGCCACAUGAGUCACUGACUAUCCAGGUCCAUCCCAAGAAGAUGCAGCAGGAGCAGGAAUCUGGAGAGUCCCAAAGGAAUGGUGAUCAAACCAGGGCUAAGAAUGAAGAGUUGUCCCAGAAGGAAGAUAUACCAAAAGACAUGGAAUUCCUUGGGAAAAUAAACGACAGACUUAACAAAGACAUUCCUCAGUAUCCUGAAUCCAAAGAUGCUAUUGAAAGUGAGGGCAGAUUCGAGUGGCAACGGAGGGAAAGACGAUGCUAUAAAUGUGAUGACUGUGGAAAAAGUUUCAGUCAUAGCUCAGACCUUAGUAAACACAGGAGAACUCACACUGGAGAGAAGCCCUAUAAAUGUGAUGAAUGUGGAAAAGCCUUCGUUCAACGCUCACAUCUCAUUGGACAUCACAGAGUACACACUGGAGUUAAACCCUAUAAAUGUAAAGAAUGUGGAAAAGAUUUUAGUGGGCGCACAGGUCUUAUUCAGCACCAGAGAAUCCACACAGGUGAAAAACCCUACGAAUGUGAUGAGUGUGGGAGGCCCUUCCGCGUAAGUUCAGCCCUUAUUAGACAUCAAAGAAUUCAUACAGCAAAUAAGCUCUACUAAUAUAGUGGAAGUAACAAAAGUUCUUUAGAUACUCAGGCCUAACUAGUUAUCAGAGAAAUCUACCUUGGAGACCCAGUAUCCUGAAUGUAGGCAAAGCUUCAAUCAUCACUAAAAAUUUCUUUGGCACCAGAGAAUCUACCUAAGUAGAAUUUCCUUUUAUUUCUAAAUUAGUUCAGUUUCUUGGGAAGAACUAAGAAUUCUUUCAGAAAGCCUUGUCCAUUGCCAGCAUUGCUCACUUGCAGCCCAAGAUAACCAUGUUUCCUGGUUGAAAGACGUGAAUUCUACCUCUUGGCUCUGGUUCCGCUUUACUUGAACAUUCAGUGUAUGACUGUAGGCACAAUAUUAAGAUUUCUGCCUUCAUUUUCCCCUUCUGGCCCACCAGGUAUGUUGUGUUAAGUUAAAACAGGUGAAAACUGCUUUUGAAAUUAAGAGCAAAAACAAUAUAUUUCCCCUCCAUCAUUACUGAUAUAAUAAUGGCCUAAAUAUAAUGGCCUAAAUUAACUCAAGUGAAAUGGAAAAUUCAGUUCCUCAGUGACAUUCACCACAUUUCAACUACUCAAUAGCCACGUGUGGCUAACAGCUACUGUAAUGGACAGCACAGAUGGAGACCAUUUUUAUCACUGCAGAAAGUUCUAAAGGACAUUGCUGGUCACAUUAGUUCCUGGUAAGGUACCUUCCAGCUGUGAUAUUAUGUGAUUCUGAGUUCAGGAAGGUAGCAUAAGAGGUAAGUUGAGGAGGCUGCAAUGACAACAGGAGAUAAAAUACAAACAUCCUAAAAGGAAAUAAUUUAGUAAUAAUAACUUUGUGACACUUUUUCAGCCUUAAAAAGAGAGUAUGUUGUAAUAGGAGGAACAUGAUUAUUAAGUAAAUACAAUAGCCUAAUAAUCUAAAUUGAAAGCUUAAAUAACUACCUCAUCUUUAAAAAGACUGUAAUUACCACAGUAGCAUCCCUUGUCAGUUACCCUGUACUAAUGAGAAGGUGGGACUCUCAGGACACCAAUACUUUAAGAUAUUCAGAUUUUUAAUAAGGUGAACAAACUUUUUUCUUUUUGGCUUUGGAAUGUAUUAGCAUUUCAUGUACGUAUUUGCAACAGUUUUAAAAUCCCUAUUUUGAGAAUUUUAUUGCAUGACAGGAAUUGUGGCCAAAGGCCAACACAUUCAAAUUUACAGUAUAGUCAAACUGCCACAAACCACUGAUUCUAGGAAUAGCCGUCACCAGAAUGAUCAGGAAGUGAUCUCAUCUCUCACUGAAGACACUGAUUACACUUACUUGCUUUUGCAUUGUGUUUGAGAGUAGGAAAACCACCAGAAUCAUUUUGUAUCUACUACUGUUGGAAGAUGAAUCUUAAAUCAUUCCUCUUAACACCAUAAAGAUAAACUGAGCUUUUAUGUUUUUUGAAAAUAACACUCUUUUUAAAAAAAAAAUGUAAAGUUUACUUUGUAUGUAUACAUCGAUACAGACUUUUUAAAACAUCAAGUUUCUCACUAAUACUUGUUUUUCAUUUAUUUGAGCAAUAUUUAAAAGCAUUUGAAACAGGAUUUUCUUUUUUACUGGCCAUAAAGAGAAAAGUAAAGUCUUAAAUGUUUAGUAUUACAGACAUCCUUAUAUGAAAAAGUUAGGUUCUUACUGAAUGAUGGCUUUUUCCCCCUUUACCUUUAGUCUUGCUGAAAAGCACUGUCAUGCAUAGAAGAUGUUCACAGUCUUUAAAGGAGAUAUUCAUGUUUCUGAUCUUAUCUUUGAAUUUAGAAAGUCUUUUGCAAUGGUAAGAAAGAUAAUCUUGGCUACCUCAAGAUUAAUUUUCCUAAAAUUGGUAAAGACGAUGACAGACAUUUUCCUCUAACAUACUCUGUAUGCUAGAACAUUCUAUUUAGAUAGUAGUUUUAAAAAUUUUUUAUUGCAAUUUCUUUUUUUAAUAUAUUUUUAUUGUAGAUAGUAGUUUUGAAUACUUGUUAUGUACAAAGAAUUGUUCUAGGCUUAGAGUUGUACACCCUCAAAAUCUGAGUGAAGAGUAAUUUGGAGCACUGAGACCACACUACCCUUUUUAGUCUGGUGUUGAUUCCAAAUUGCCACCAGUGUCUGCCAUCCGAUCCUGAACAGAGAGGCAAUGAUAAGAGAUAAGUACAGAAAGAUUUGAGGCCAGAGACAGCCUGGGUGAUUGUGGCAAGAGAAGAAAGUCCAUUGGGACCUAGGAUAACUGCUGGCAUAAGGCAAAGGAGGCUUGAGGUUAAAGGAGAUCUAAGUAGUUGUUAGUACUAUGAAGGAUUAGGCAGUGUCCUAGUGAGUCUGUAGAAACUCACAGGGGAAAAAAUAUGGUGAGGAUGCAACCAUUUGGAAAGAAGAGCUUUGAGUUCAAUCACAGCCACAGUUACUGGAGAGAAAUAUGUUAGACACUAUCAGAACCGCUGGGUUCUAGCAGAGCGCUGUCCUGGAAUGAUGGCACCUGCUCUAAAGAACCCUGAACAUGGAAGGCAGUUUCUCAAAUAGCUGUGUCAGAAACACGUGUAGCACCUCCCAUCUUUUUUGAAGGGAGUUUUCUUUUCUGUCUUUUUUUUUUUUUUUUUUUUUGAAGGAAGCAAGGACUUGUAGUUUUUAUGAACUAAUAAAACAUAAUGAUUUUAAGCGGCACCAAAAGGGAGUACCGGGGCAGCUCUUUAGGACACCUACGGGGGAUGGAGGUAAACUGGUGAUUCUGAGUGAGGACCCAGCAGCUAUGAAGGGAGGAAAUAGAUGAGAGUUGGGGUAGGAGGGGACGUUGUAGGUCUGCAUGGGCAUUGGUGAAGAGGGGUAAACGAGAGGAGAAAGAUGGAACAAAAAGCGAAUAAUAAAAGGAACAAGGGUACAGGGAAGGGAACAAAGAUAAAAUAAGAGAUGGUGAUAGGGAAAGAGAAAAGAGUGACAAGUAAUUCUAAUGUUAACAUCAAUUAUAUUUGAGACAGUGGGUCACAGGACACAAGCCAUACAAAAGUGAAUGGAUCAGCCUAUCCUGAGGUCAUGGAGUCCUGUGUGCACAGCACAUGCUAUUUGUUAUCUUUAUUGAAUGGGUCUACAAUCUCAUCCUGAGCAUGAAAUUGAUUCGUUGUGGUUUCAUCAAAAAGUUCAUCAACAGUGAAAACACUAGAAACUGAAAUGCUUCAGAACAACCUGUUCUCCUCUUAGUAAUAUCACAAGGCAGUUAGACUAAGUUCUGAAAGAAUAGUUCUCUCAGUCUUUCUUACUCAAAUCCUUUAGAGCAAGGUGUCUCAACCUUGGUUUUAUUGACAUUUUGAGCAAGACAAUUCAUUGUUGUAGGGGGCUGUCCCUCUGCAUUGUGGGAUGUUUAGCAGUAUCCCUGGCCUCUACCCAGUAGAUGCAACCAGCACCCUAACUUAUGACAAGCACAAAUUUCUCAAGAGGUGUAAAUGCUCCCUGAGAGGCAAAAUCUACACUCACCCCUCCCCGAGUUAAGAACCACUGUUCUAUAGGAACAUAAUCUGGUUUUCAUGACUGUUCCAUAUCAUAUAUAAGAAGAUUCUUACUUGGGAACGUUAUAUGACCAGCACUGCUAGACCCUUUUACUACCCCACAAAAUGAUUCCCAAAGUACCUAAAAUCUAUGCAGCAAUCAUGCUAAAGAAGUAGCCUACUUACAGAAGCCGUAACUUAACUCUUCAGAACCAGAAGAAUCUGUCAAAUAAAGAGCUUACAUUGCAUUUUAGGCCUUCCUCUUCCUUCCAUACCAUAUUUCUGGUGCUUAUACCUCUUCUUUGCCCCUUGACCCAACCACAAACACUUUAUUCUUGAUCUAGAUCUGCUCCGUCCAAUACAUUAGCCACUAGGUACAUGUCGCUUUCAAGCACUUGAAAUGUGGCUAUGCAACUGAGGAACUAAAUUUUUUUGUUUGUUUCAUAUUUAUUAAUUUAAAUUUAAAAACUGAUACUCAGUUCAGUUAUUGGAAAAUCUUUGAGUAUGUUUGGAGUAACUGAGUAUGUGAAUCUAUUUUUUCCAUUUAAAAUUUUAUGUAAUCUCAAUAUAGAUUAAGUAUUUCCAAUGAAAAUUUAAUAACUGAAUUGAAAUGUGCAAUAAGUAUAAACAAUUGCUUUCAAAGAGGUAGUAUGAAAAAAGGAAUGUAAAAUAUUUUACUAAGUUUUAUAUUGAUUAGAUUUUAAAGUAAUAUUUUGGAUAUACUGGCUUAAAAUAUAUUAAAAUUAAUUUCA